UUGACGUCUGACGCUGCCCCCCUGCUGCGCACCGCCCUCUACGACAACCAUAUAGCCGCGGGCGCUCGUAUGGUGCCCUUUGCCGGAUGGGAGAUGCCGGUGCAAUACCAGGGCGUCAUCGCGGAGGCCAAGGCCGUCCGCAGCGAUGUCGGCAUUUUCGACGUGUCCCACAUGGGACGCAUCGGCAUCUACGGGUCCGGCGCCGCAUCGUUCAUGGACAGCCUCGUAACCUUCAGCGUCAAGACGCUUGCGGUGGGCCGGGCGCGCUAUGGCUUCAUCCUCGCCGACACCGGUGGCAUCCUCGACGACGUCAUCCUGUAUCACACGCAGUAUGAGGACGGCAGCGACAUGCUGCGCCUCGUCUGCAACGCCGCCAACCGCGACGCGGUCACCGCAUGGAUGACCCAGCAUGCCGCGGCCUUUCGAGGCGUCUACUUCAUCGACAGCACGGAGCGGACGGUGUUGGUGGCCGUGCAGGGCCCACGAGCGCUCGAGGUCAUGGACGACCUCUGCCCCGACGAGCCAAAGCCGUCAAGGUUGCGGCCCUUUGGCGGGGCCACCUUCCCGUUGAAUCUCGGCGGCGGCGUGAUUUCGGAGGGGUUCAUCGGCAGGACCGGCUACACCGGCGAGGAUGGCGUGGAGAAUCGCCCUUGA